AUGGUACAGCCUGACCUUGGGACGAAGUACAAGGAAGACCCUAUUGACAAUUCCAUUCGACAUCCUGGACAUUCGAGUUCUCAUUCCCAGGCACUGCAGCCUUCAAUUUUAGCUCAGAAAGGCCCUGCUUCGCCUGUUCACCCUUCUGCAAUCUCAGCAUACCCUCCCCAUACCCUAGGGAACGGAAUUCACUACGGGCCUCAAGAAGCGCCGUAUUAUACCACACAUUCUCCUUACGCGACUUCCUCGGCGCAUUACGCUUCUAGCGGACCACCCGAUCUCAUGGCAUCAACCGCCCAAAUGCAGAGACCAUAUCCCCCCAUCUAUCACACUCCCCAAUCAACCUCCCCGGCCUCAGUAGCUUCUCAACCGCAUGAUCAACAUGGCCGCAACAUCUACGCCCACUCUCCUCAGAUGCCGCAGAUGUUCUACCCACCUUACUCGCCCAUGAACCCUGUACACCCACCGUACGCAGCCCACCAUUCUCCCCAGCAACACCCCCUCACAACGCAAUCCAUGAUGAUGCCGCCUCAGAAAGCACCAGCACAAAUGCCCCCACAUCAAUCACCACACAUCCCAACCAGUGCCAUGACCAGCAGCCCUAUCAUGAAACUUGACACCUCCCAGCAACCCACCCCACCACAGCAAACCAUGCACAACCCACCUCUCUCCGCAACAAGCAACCACCCAAUGUCCAGUAACAUCCACUCCAGCCCACCACUAGCCGGAAGCUCCAGCGCAGCGCCAGGCCCCAUCCCCGCCACGACCCCGCUCGUCGUGCGCCAAGACAGCAACGGUGUGCAGUGGAUUGCCUUCGAAUACUCUCGAGACCGCGUGAAGAUGGAAUACACCAUCCGCUGCGACGUGGAAUCCGUCAACGUCGACACCCUCGACCAAAACUUCAAGACGGAGAACUGUGUGUACCCCCGCGCAUGCUGCAGCAAGGACCAAUACCGCGGCAACAGACUCGUCUACGAGACGGAGUGCAACGCCGUUGGCUGGGCCCUCGCAGAGCUCAACCCGGCUCUGAGAAGCAAGCGCGGUCUUAUUCAGCGCGCUGUCGACAGCUGGCGCAAUAGUAACCAGGACCCCAGACUGCGCAGUCGUCGCGUGCGCCGCAUGGCCAAGAUCAACCGCAGACAGUCUGUCCCUACUGUUCCUGUUAGCCAUAUGCCUGGUGCUGGUUCUGCUGGUCCUGGCCUUCCGGGCCCUGUCAGUGCCAUGCCGGCUACCAUGCCGGCUGCCGUACCGCGGCCUAAUCUGGGCCCUAUCUCGAUGGGCCCUCCCCAGCUACAGCACCAUCAUCAUCAACCUGAUGGCAGUCCUAAUGAGGAAGUUAGUGGCACAGAUUACACCACCUCAAACACCAACACCAACACCAACACCAACACAUCUACCGCAACGGCGACUCACCACCGUUCCAACGUUGACAACACUCGUCUCCCAACAGGGUCAAUGACAGAUCUCCGACCAGCCCACCUCUUCCACAACGCCCCAACAACCCUGACACCGUCAAACGCAACAGCAGGCCCCUCGAUGCCACCCCUCCUCCACGAAACAAGAAUGGCCUCCCUAAACCGCCACCCGUCAAUAGCAGCCGCAACCCCCUCCCAAUCCCAAGCUCACAUCGAAGAACAAGCCCCAACAAACGAAGACCUCUUCAGCCACCUCCCAGACGGCAAACGCCGCAAAUUCAUCCUAGUAGACGACCCCCAGCGCGGCUGCCGUGUGCGCGUCAAAGUAGUCCUGGACAAAGUCAACAUGGACGAAAUCCCCGACUCCUAUCGUGAAACCAACGCCGUCUAUCCGCGCACUUACUUCCCCAUCCAGAUGCGCGAUGAGAACCGUGUCGUGCUGGGCAAGCGCUUUUUCCGAGAUGAGGCUGAACACGCUGAUGCCGGUGCUGAUCCGCUCACUGAUGCUACGCUUGGAAGGACAACUGUUCCUAUGCCGUCACUUGAGGCGGAGGUUGCGGGUGGGAGGAGUGGGGAUGGCCAUGGGGAUGGGAGUGACGUUGGGGUUGAGGUGCCAAGGUUAUCGAGGAAGAGGCAUAAUAAAGAGCUUUUGUUGAAUGAUUUGGGGUAUCGCAUGAGUUGGAGUCAGAGUCGGGUUUUUGCGGGACGGAUGUUGUUUUUGCAGAGGUCUUUGGAUGCCUACCGCAACAAAAUGCGCAGUAGUAUGCUUGCUGCUGGACAGGAUCCCUCGGAGAUCCCCGAUCAUUUUGAAACUCGGCGUGGGAAGAAACGGUUCUUGGAGCGUGGACAUAUGGAGAAUGCUGCGCAGAGGAGUGCGGAGGAGGUUGCGCCGUAA